AUGUACGCUCAGCGCAGUCUUCUUCGCCUGCCCCAGCAGCUGCGUGCUGCUCCGGUCCGCGCCGCCGUCCAGCGCCGCCUCAACCACACCGAGUCCAAGCUCCCCUCCUGGGCUGUCGACAACGAGUUCAACCGCGAGAGAGAGGCCGUCAAGCACCACGCUGCUGCUACCAGUGACCUCUGGCGCAAGCUCUCCAUCUACGCCGUCGUCCCCGUCUUGAUCCUCGGCGGUCUCAACGCCUACAACCUUUGGGAGGAGCACUGGGAGCACUGGGACCACAUGCCUCCUCUUGAGGAGCGCACCGAGUACCCCUACCAGAACAUCCGUGUCAAGAAUUUCCCCUGGGGUGACGGUGACAAGACCAUCUUCUGGAACUCCAGCGUCAACUACCACAACAAGGACAAGGCCACCUAA